AUGGCUGGUAAAGUUGUGCUGCACUAUUUCAAUGGAAGAGGGAAAAUGGAGUCCAUCCGCUGGCUUCUCACACUUGCCAAGGUUGAGUUUGAGGAGGUGUUUCUCACAACGCGCGAGCAGUACCUGAAACUCCUGAAUGAUGGAGACCUCAUGUUUCAACAGGUUCCCAUGGUGGAAAUCGAUGGCAUGAAACUUGUUCAAACAAAGGCAAUUUUGCAUUACAUAGCAGAUAAGUACGACCUUCAUGGAAAAGACAUCAAAGAGCGAGCCAUGAUCAACCAGUACUCAGAGGGACUGAUCGAUCUGAUGGAAAUGAUCAUGAUGUUGCCCUUCGUUCCAGACCAACAACCAAAACUGCAAAACAUUGAGACUAAAGCAAAAGAGCGUUACUUGCCUGUGUUUGAAGAGGUGCUGAAGGAUCACAUUCACCUGGUUGGAGGUAAAAUGAGCAUGGCUGAUGUGCUGCUAUUCGAAUGCACCCUGAUGUUGGAGGAGAAGUUUGCAGGAAUCCUCGGUGAUUUCCGCAGUGUUAAGGCGUUUCAGGGGAGGAUGACCAUGUUGGAGACUGUUAAAAGAUUCCUGGGGCCAGACAGCAAGCGGAAACCACAGCCUGAUGACAAAUAUGUGAAAACUGUCAUGGAAGUGUUUGACAUGCAGAAACUACCAUUUUAAAACAAUCCAUGCAGUAGAAAGAUGAUUUGUUUAUGUAACUCAUUCAUUAUACAAGUAGAAACCUGUUAUGAUUGUGGAGCAAAGAUGAAAAUGGCACUAUUACAAACUAACAAAACAAGCUGAUUCAACCAGACUGGUCCUAACAAUAUUUGAUAUGUUUUAAUCAGGUAAUUUUCUAAAUAAAUAUUUUGUUUUACUAAUA